ACAAAAGCUUUGAUGAUGAAGAAUCAGUGGAUGGAAAUAGGCCAUCAUCAGCUGCUUCAGUCUUCAAGGUUCCGGCACCUAAAAAGCCAGGAAAUCCUUCAAACAGUGCAAGAAAGCCAGGAUCAGCUGGUGGGCCUAAGGUUGGAGCUGGUUCCUCUAAAGAAGGAGGAGCUGGAGCUGUGGAUGAGGAUGAUUUUAUUAAGGCAUUUACAGAUGUUCCUACUGUACAGAUCUAUUCCAGUCGAGAACUUGAAGAAACGUUGAAUAAAAUCAGGGAAAUUCUCUCUGAUGACAAACACGAUUGGGAUCAGCGAACUAAUGCGCUGAAGAAAGUUCGGUCGUUGCUUGUUGCUGGAGCUGCACAGUACGAUGGAUUUUUCCAGCAUUUACGGUUGUUGGAUGGUGCUUUCAAGCUGUCGGCCAAGGAUCUGCGAUCCCAGGUGGUUAGAGAAGCAUGCAUUACUGUAGCCCACCUUUCAACUGUUCUGGGAAACAAGUUUGAUCAUGGCGCUGAAGCUAUUGUGCCUACUCUUUUUAACCUGGUUCCCAACAGCGCCAAAGUGAUGGCAACGUCGGGGUGUGCGGCCAUUAGAUUCAUUAUUCGGCAUACUCACGUGCCACGACUCAUACCAUUGAUAACAAGCAACUGUACCUCAAAAUCAGUUGCAGUUAGAAGGCGCUCUUUUGAAUUUUUAGACCUGUUGUUACAAGAGUGGCAAACACAUUCAUUGGAAAGGCAUGCUGCUGUCUUGGUUGAAACCAUCAAGAAGGGCAUCCAUGAUGCUGAUGCAGAAGCAAGAGUGGAGGCAAGAAAGGCUUAUCUGGGUCUUAGAAAUCACUUUCCUAGUGAAGCUGAGACUCUCUACAAUUCUCUGGAGCCACCCUAUCAAAGAAGCCUUCAGACCUACUUGAAGAAUUCUGGCAGUAUAGCAUCUCUCCCUCAGUCAGACAGGUCAUCCUCCAGCUCACAGGAGAGCCUCAAUCGACCUCUGUCUUCUAAAUGGUCUGCAGCCAGCCCAGGAAGUUUUGCAGGCAGAGUUUCAGGUGGCAGCAAGAGUGUUCCGAGUCCAGGGACGCUGCAGAGGUCCCGAAGUGACAUUGAUGUCAACGCCGCGGCGGGCGAUACUUCUGACAAGAUGGAUGGAACAGCUUCUGAAGAUGGUCGUGUACGAACAAAGCUUUCAACCCCUUCUCUUGGUUUUGGAAGUUCUAAAACAGAUUCCAGAGGACGGAGUAGAACCAAAGUGGUGUCACAAUCUCAGCCUGGCAGUAGAUCUGGGUCUCCUGGAAGAGUUUUGACAACAACCACACUUUCCACCAUGAACACAGGAGUUCAGAGAGUGUUAGUAAAUCCUGCAGCUGCACAAAAACGAAGCAAAAUCCCACGGAGUCAGGGAUGCAGUAGAGAAGCUAGCCCUUCUAGGCUGUCAGUAGCACGAGGCAGCCGCAUUCCUCGGCCUAGUGUGAGUCAGGGGUGCAGUCGGGAGGCCAGCCGUGAAAGUAGCAGGGACACGAGCCCUGUCCGCUCUUUCCAGCCCCUAGGUGCUGGCUUUGGAAUUAGUCAGUCGAGUAGAUUGUCGUCAUCAGUUAGUGCUAUGCGAGUUCUGAACACAGGUUCUGAUGUGGAAGAGGCAGUAGCAGAUGCUUUGCUCUUAGGAGACAUACGGACUAAGAAGAAGCCUGUGCGAAGGAGAUAUGAGUCCUAUGGGAUGUACUCAGAUGAUGAUGCCAACAGUGAUGCAUCAAGUGCCUGCUCAGAAAGGUCCUAUAGCUCCAGGAAUGGAAGCAUCCCAACAUACAUGAGACAGACCGAAGAUGUGGCUGAAGUCCUAAAUCGCUGUGCCAGCACCAACUGGUCAGAGAGAAAAGAAGGCCUUCUAGGCCUGCAAAACUUACUGAAGAACCAGAGAACAUUAAGUCGUGUUGAGUUGAAAAGGUUGUGUGAAAUCUUCACAAGAAUGUUUGCUGAUCCUCACAGUAAGAGAGUGUUCAGUAUGUUUUUGGAGACACUGGUGGACUUCAUCCAGGUCCAUAAAGAAGAUUUGCAGGACUGGCUGUUUGUGCUACUGACACAGCUGUUGAAAAAAAUGGGUGCUGAUUUGCUUGGAUCUGUACAAGCAAAAGUACAGAAGGCACUUGAUGUCACAAGGGAAUCUUUUCCAAAUGACCUCCAGUUCAGUAUUUUAAUGCGAUUUACUGUUGACCAGACCCAAACACCUAGCCUGAAGGUCAAAGUUGCAAUCCUAAAAUACAUAGAAACUCUUGCGCAGCAAAUGGAUCCAGGAGAUUUUGUAAAUUCAAGUGAAACUAGAUUAGCAGUGUCUCGAAUCAUCACCUGGACCACAGAACCUAAAAGCUCAGAUGUUAGGAAGGCUGCACAGUCAGUGCUGAUUUCCCUUUUUGAACUCAAUACUCCAGAGUUUACAAUGCUGUUGGGUGCUUUACCAAAAACAUUUCAGGAUGGAGCCACAAAGCUUCUCCAUAAUCAUCUCCGGAAUACAGGCAACAGUGGUCAGGGAUCAAUGGGAAGUCCUUUAACAAGACCUACUCCACGCUCCCCAGCAAGUUGGUCAAGUCCACUCACUUCUCCAACUAAUACAUCGCAGAACACGUUGUCACCAAGUGCAUUUGACUAUGACACUGAAAAUAUGAAUUCUGAAGAUAUUUACAGCUCUCUUCGUGGAGUCACUGAAGCCAUUCAGAAUUUCAGUUUUCGUAGUCAGGAGGACAUGAAUGAGCCUGUGAAACGAGAUUCAAAAAAAGACGAUGGUGAUUCGAUCUGCAGUGCUUCUGGAAUAGUAGAUAUCCGAGCAGGAAGUGGUGUGGGUGACACAGGCCGAACAGCUCUGGAUAACAAAACAUCAUUACUCAACACAAUGCCUCCCCACUCCUCACCACGGUCACGAGAUUAUAACCCAUACAAUUAUUCUGAUGGUAUCAGUUCAUUUAAUAAAUCAGCUUUGAAAGAAGCCAUGUUUGAUGAUGAUGCAGAGCAAUUUCCUGAUGAGCCUCCCAUGGACCACUCCGAUCUGGUUGCAGAGUUACUGAAAGAGUUAUCAAACCAUAAUGAGAGAGUGGAGGAAAGAAAGGCUGCCCUGUACGAGCUCAUGAAGUUAACUCAGGAAGAGGCUUUUGGUGUUUGGGAUGAGCACUUCAAAACAAUACUACUUCUGCUGCUUGAAACACUUGGAGAUAAAGAGCAUGCAAUUAGAGCUUUGGCACUGAAAGUUCUAAGAGAAAUUCUAAGAAACCAGCCAGCAAGGUUUAAGAAUUAUGCAGAGCUCACCAUCAUGAAGACAUUAGAAGCGCAUAAGGAUCCUCAUAAGGAGGUGGUGAGAUCUGCUGAAGAAGCUGCUUCCAUGCUGGCCACUUCCAUUAGCCCAGAUCAGUGCAUCAAAGUUCUCUGUCCAAUUAUCCAAACUGCAGAUUACCCCAUUAAUCUGGCUGCAAUCAAAAUGCAGACAAAAGUUAUAGAAAGAGUAUCUAAAGAAACCCUUACUCAGCUUUUACCAGAGAUUGUGCCAGGUCUAAUACAGGGUUAUGAUAAUUCAGAGAGCAGCGUUCGUAAGGCAUGUGUUUUCUGCCUUGUGGCCAUUCAUGCAGUAAUUGGUGAUGAACUGAAACCACAUCUCAGUCAACUCACUGGCAGUAAAAUGAAAUUAUUGAACCUUUACAUCAAACGUGCACAAACAGGCUCUGGAGCAGGGGAUACAGGAGCAGAUAUGUCUGGACAAAGCUAAUGAACCUGACAAGAGUUAACCAGGUCUCCUAAAGCAAGGGCAAGGCCCUCUUCAGUGAAAGGAAGAUUCUUACAUACAGUUUCUGGAACUUUUCUCUUGGGUUUUUUUCCCCUUUCUUUUGUUGUUGUUUUUUAUUUUAUUUUUAAUUUUGUUUGGGGUUUUGUUCUUUUUUUUUCUUUAACCAACGGCUGUCCUCAGCCUGCAUGUGACUGUUGCAGUAGAAUUAUUCCAAAUCCAAGGAAAAACAGUAUUAACAUCAGUUGAUCAAAGCAGAAUAAAAUCUAAAAAUUAUC